GAAUAUCAUGUUAAUGGUUUAAUUACUGCAAAGUCUUCUCUUCCUCCCAUUAUUAUGACACUUCACCUACCUUUCUGCUCCCUCUUCCACUCUCUCUAAUAAUAACAGUCAAUUCUUUCUUUCUGCUCUCUAUCCCAAUCACUGGUUCUAGCAAAAACAGGCAAGCGGCUUCAAAACUUUGUGGUUGAGAGCUGAGAAUGAAGGGCCAGGAUUCACCGACAGUGGUUUCGAUAGCGAUUCCCGUACAGCAACAAACGGCAGGCAGUGCGAAUAAACACAGCUCUGUCGCGGGUUUCGUCGGUAGAAGUGGGUACAAAUUCUGGGUCUUGGCUGCAAUUCUCUUACUUGCUUUCUGGUCCAUGUUCACUGGCUCUGUUUCUCUCAAAUGGUCUUCUGGUGACCUUACUAGAUUCUCUGAUGACUCUGAGUUCUCUGUCUAUGACGAUCUCGACGUCCUCGAAUUGGAAGAUAGAGAGAAGGUGGUGAGGAAGAUGUGGGAUGUUUAUACGCAUAGCGCUAGCCUUCGUUUGCCGAAGUUUUGGCUUGAAGCUUUUGAGGCUGCUUAUGAAUAUUUAUCAAGUGAUGUUCCUGGAGUUCGAGACACUGCUAUGUCUGAGAUUGCCAAAUUAUCCAUGCGCUCCCUAAAUCUUGAUCCGCUCUCCCCAAAAUCAAAGAGUACCAGUCAAGGAAGAAAGACUUUCAAUCAAGCUGAUGAACCAAAGGACAUAGCUGUAACUGGGACUAUGCAAUAACAGGAAUUCCCCCAUACCAUACGAGUUGCCAGUUUCACCCUUGCAAUCUCUCCUUCUGCUUCAAGUUCGGAGGAAAUGGCACACGAAAGAUGAAUUGGUAAUUCCAAUUGCUGGUGUCCAAUUUUCCCACCUUCCACCUUUGAAUAAGCAGUGGAAGCUUGACGUCUUUGAGAAUUGAGAUGUUGAAGUGUAAAAAUGGAUGCUUUGAGUCAAGUCUAGGUCCUUGCAUUGUGGACAAGUACACUUACGGAAUAUUAAUUCUAUUCGUACGUGGUGGAUACAUUGGAGGAAGAAAUGUGGCCUCCAUGUUGCUAAAUUCCUUUGUUUCUAAUGUGCAAGAUAUCUGUAUUUCA